AUGUUCGACAAAUUGCUUAACGCGGUGAAUUGUCCUGCGAAUCAACGAGUACCUUUUGCGGUCUAUUACCUGACGAAAGCCGCAGACAACUGGUGGGCAACUGUUGGACCUGACCUCCUGCAAGACCCAGCGUUUGGUUGGGAAGAAUUCAAAGUGGAAUUGAGAGAACAAUUCUACACCGAGCGUAUAAAAGGGAUUAAAUGCGAGGAAUUUCUACGACUAAAGCAAAAGAGAGCAACUAUCCAAGAAUACCAUGAUAAUUACGUGGAGCUGAUGCGUUUCGCGCAAGAGAUUGUGCCUGAUGAGGCGAGUAAGGCACGGAGAUUUGUUCGAGGAUUGGAUUGGGAUGUGAGAAGGGAGAUUGCACCAUUCAUGUGCUCUACUCUGAAAGAGGCGUACGAUAGAGCCUCGGAUCAUUAUCAGGUGUACUUGGACCAACAGGAAGUUUACGGCCGAAGUAAAAGGAAGGCUAAUGAUAAAUCACGGAAGUUUCCGUCAGGAAACAAUAAAGCUAACCAAGACCGGUUGAUGGGAGAAAAGGAUGAAGGUUUCAUGAUUUCUUUCUCCGUGGGUGAGUUCUUUGCUGCGAAUUUGAGGCUUGGAGGUGAUGAUGUGAUGUUGUGGUUUUAG